AUGACGACGGAUUACAUACUAGACACAGGUCUACAUCCGCAGAGAUGGCAUAGCAGUAUCUGGAUCCUUCUACUCACGACCCUGGCGACGGUCUUCUUCCAGGUCUUCCGGCGGUCCACCCUGCCGAGUAAUGCGCCGAAGUGGUUUAAGAACGGCGACUGGCCGGUCAUGGGCACGCUGCGCUUCUAUAAGACGCGCGGCGACUGGUUCAUCGAUGCGCUGCGUAGCUCGCCCACGGGCAACUUUAGCUUCUAUGUCGGCAAGAAGCAGGUCGUGGGGCUUUCGGGACCCGAGGGUCGGAAGACCUUCUUCGAGAGUCGGGAUCUCAAUUUUUGA